UACGUCGAUUUUAACCUCUGGAACUUCCUCAGACAUCGCUACUAGGCCUUCUUCUCGGCGUUUUUACUCCAUGGCAACGUUGGUUAUGGAUUGCGGUUAUAGUGGUAAGCUCCCUUUAGCUCAGCGUUGGUCUUAUGAGGCAAAGGUCGCGAGUUCAAACCUCGCUGGGAGAAAAAUUUCUUAAGCAAAGCUUUCGCUUUGAAAAUUUAGGGCUCUUGACGCGGCCAUGGCGGCAAUAUCCUGCGCCUUGUCACUGAGUGGCCUGCGGAGUAAUUUCUCCGGCGAGACUUUGGGCACCAGUAUUUGCAGUAGCAGCAGCAGCGCCAGCGGCAAUCUUCCUUUGAGAGUGAUUUGCAAGGAAUCCAGGAUCGGGAAGAGGCCGGUUGAGGUGCCGAAAUCGGUGAAUGUGGUGCUCCAAGGCCCGAAUCUAUCCGUCAAGGGCCCGCUGGGAGAGCUGACACGCUACUAUCCGCGAGAGGUCAGCCUCACCAGGGAUGAGUCUGGGAGGAUUGUCGUCACCAGGGCUCUGGAAACUCGGCGCGCUCGCCAAAUGCACGGCCUUUUCAGAACACUCACAGACAACAUGGUCGUUGGCGUCUCUCAAGGCUUCGAGAAGAAACUCCAGAUGGUCGGGGUCGGCUACCGUGCCACGGUCGAGCCCACCGAGAUCAUCCUCAACGUCGGCUUCUCGCACCCGGUGAAGAUCAAGAUCCCGGAUGGUAUCAGCGUCAAAGUCGAAGAAAACACUCGCAUCACAGUCUCGGGGAGAGACAAGUGCGCCGUGGGCCAGUUCGCGGCGAUCAUAAGAUCGUGGAGACCUCCAGAGCCUUACAAGGGGAAAGGGAUCAAAUACGCGGACGAAGUUAUCAGGAGGAAAGAAGGCAAAGCGGGCAAAAAGAAGUAACGUGAGAGAAAUGUCCAAGUCCCAACGCGUCUUGGGUUCGAUUCCUUUGUCUAUCUUCUUGGACGUCUCAGGCUCGAUUCCUGGGGUGGUGGAAAUAGUUUUUGGUU